AUCACCAGAUCUUCGGCUCGCCAGGCGGCAAAACAGGCAGCAAACACCUCCGCCUCUCCCGCCUCAGCCUCUGACGCAGCUCCCGUAUCCGACGUGCUCCCCGACCCUCCCACCGUCUCGACUCCGGCGAAUAGGAAACGCAAAGCCGCCCCGGCCGCCGAGACAGACUCUUCUUCCGCCUCCAAAUCCCACCCGGGCUCUUCCGGUCGACGCCCUACCAAGAGGCGAAAGACCCCCGAAGCUAGCUCCCCCUCCGCCGGCCCGACUGCAUCUACUCCUGCUAGAUCUACCAGAAAGGGAAAGGGACCUGCCGUUAUGGAUAGCACAGACGACCUCCCCGGCUCUGCCGCCCCUGCCCCGCAGGCGGACCAGUCGGCCUCGUCAAGUAGGAAGUCUAGCCGCAGCAAGAAGUCUGCAUCUCGCUCCAGAGACCCGCCACAGGCUGGCACAUCGUCAACGCGCAGGCCCAAGCCCCAGAGCGAUCCGCCGGAUCCAGACACGGCCAUGACUGACGUAGACGAGCCGAGCGACCCAGGACCUCCGCCCGCACCCCCCACUCAGGAUCCCGCCCCCGAAGACGACAGCGACGACGACGACGGCGGCGAGGAUGAAGAGAUGAGGCGCUACGAGGAGGACGAAGACGACUUCUUUGGAGGCUCUGGCGGCAUCGGCCUGUCCGGGACGCUCCGGGCCCUCACCGGCAUGAUGUCGGGCUUCGCCUCCCGCUUCAGGGAUCUUCUCAGCAGCCUGCGGCGAGACGACCUCUCCGUGCAGAUGAUCGCGCUGCAGGAGCUGUCCGAGAUCUUGCUGGUCUCCAACGAGGAUAACCUGUCCGGCCAGUUCUCCCCGGACGCCUUUGUCAAGGAGCUGGUCACCUUGAUGAGCAAGGGCGAGAGCCCCGAAGUCAUGCUCUUGGCGUGCCGAUGCCUGGCUAACCUUAUGGAGGCUCUCCCUGCGAGCGUCGCCAACGUCGUGUACGGUGGUGCCGUCCCCGUCCUCUGCCAGAAGCUGCUGGAGAUCUCCUUCAUCGAUGUCGCCGAGCAGUCUCUGAGCACCCUCGAAAAGAUAUCUGUCGAGUACCCCGGCAGCAUCGUCCGUGAGGGCGGCCUCACGGCCUGCUUGUCGUACCUCGACUUCUUUGCUACGAGCACGCAGAGGACGGCGGUCACGACGGCUGCCAACUGCUGCCGCAAUAUCCCCAACGAUUCCUUCCCCGUCGUUCGGGAUGUCAUGCCUACCCUCCUCAACGUCCUCAACAGCAGUGACCAGCGUGUUGUAGAGCAGGCUUCCCUCUGCGUCUCGGGUAUCGUCGACUGUUUUGGCUACCAGCCCAAGAAGCUCGAGGAGCUCGUCAGUGUUGACCUGCUCCGCACCGUCCUUCGCCUGCUCGUCCCCGGCACCACCAACCUCAUCGGCUCCAGCAUCCACACCCAGUUCCUCCGCGUCCUGGCCCUGACGGCCCGAGCCAGCCCCAGCCUGUCGGCGGAGCUCUUCAAGCUCAACGUCGUCGAAACGCUCUAUCAGAUGCUCACCGGCGUGUCCCCGCCAAGCGGGACUGAGGAUGUUGCUUCCAAGCUGGACAGCGUCGUCAUCAUGCAGGCCCUCAUCCACCGCCCGCGCGAGCAGAUACUCGAGACGCUCAACAUCAUCUGUGAGCUCCUCCCCGACCUCCCCAAGAGCGCGGAUCCUGCCUCUGGCGACUUCGUGGAGCUGCACCGGCCGGCGGCCCCCACCGCCCUGUCCGCCGGCGCCAGGGCCGGGGCUCGCAGGCAGAGCAGCCACAGCGGCGAGGACCGCGAGAAGAGGGUCGAGCUGCUCGACGGAUGCCAGGAGCAGGUUCGGCGGUUCGCCCUCAUUCUCUUCCCCACCUUGACCGACGCCUACUCCAGCACCGUCAACCUAGGUGUCCGCCAGCGCGUUCUCAAGGCCCAGCUCAAGAUGCUGUCCAACCUGGACAGGCAGAUCCUCGCCGAAUCGUUGAUCCCCGUCCCCUACGCCUCCUUCCUGGCCUCCAUCCUCUCCCAGCGGGACCAUCCCAGCCUUGUCAUGCUGGGCCUCCAGGCCGCCGAGCUGCUCCUCCACAGGCUGGACGACAUCUACAGAUACCAGUUCUACCGCGAAGGUGUCAUCUCCGAGAUCACGGCCCUGGCCACCGAGGAGUUCCCCGAAAAGCCGAAGCCUGCCGAGUCCGUGGAUGGGGGUAAGGUCCGCCCCGGAACGGCUGGCCCUGCCGCAAAGGACGACCUGGCGGCCGACAGCGAUGCCGCCGGGCACGGAGACGGACACGAACCAGAGAACGACAGCGAGGACGAGGACGAGGACGAGGACGAGGACGACCACGACCACGACCACGAACCCGAGGACGUCGAAGGAGAAGAGGACGAGGAAGAAGACGAGGACGAGGACCACGACGAAGAGGACGACGACGACAAUGGUGACGAAGAGGGCCGGCAUGACGAGGUCGACCCGGAGACUCGCCGUGACGACGAUGGCGACUCUCCGGCCAGUUCGGGAGGAUCCACCAUGUCUCUCGACUCCCCUGCCCUCCGGUAUGGCUUCGACCCGGUGCCUAUGCAAUUCCGCAUCCGCGACGUGGCCAGGAAGUUUGUCGAGACGCACGAUUCCGAAGAGAGGGGCCGCGACAUGAAGAAGAAGGCCGCCGGAAUCCUCGACGACCUGUCUAACCUGGCCGCCUCCCUCGACGCCUUCUAUCUCAAGAGGACCCCCGGUGACCUGUCGCCUGCCAAGGGGCGGGAGCUCUUCGACAAGCUGGCGUCGUACUUUGACUCCGACGUCCUGGAGAGUGCCACGAGUGCCGAGCUCCUGUCUUCGGGCCUGGUCCGCGUCCUCCUCGAGGUGCUCAGCAACCCGGACGAGGAGCUCUCACAGCAGGCGCAGUCCACAUUCCUCGAGGUCUUCAUGGGCCAUACGGUGCGAUCCAAGCCCAAGACGGCGACGGCCGACUCCCCCGUGACGCCGUUCAGCGUGCUGGUGCACAAGCUUCAGGACCUGCUCAGUAGGUCGGAGCACUUCGAAGUCAUCACCGUGCACCAGAAUACCUUUGAAGGCAGCCGAAGCAGCCCGGCCUCGAUGCUGGGCAAGCAGAUCCGCCUCCGUCUGCUGGCCGAUGAGUCAUCGGAAAUCCCCAAGCCGUACCACAACAUCAUGGUCUCCAUCCACGCCAUCGCGACCUUCAAAUCCCUGGACGAAUACCUCCGUCCUCGCAUCAGCAUGUCCGAGCGGCCCCGCGGCUCACGACGGGACGACCUCUCCAGGGCUCUUGCCGCCAUGGCCGGCGCGGGCGGUCUCAGCAACGCUGCCGCGGCAAGGCUGGCUGAACGCUCGCCGUUCGGCUCGGGCUCCCCCGCCGCAGGAGGCCCUGUCCCGCCCCCUCCGCCGCCGCAGGCAGGGUCCCCCACCGGCUCCCGCCCCAGCCGCAGGCUGAAGACGCGACCGUCGCAGGCCGACCCGUCGGUGGAACCGUCCCGCGAGCAGGGAACGCUUCGGCGCUCGUCACGCCGCCAGGCGGCAACGGGGGAUGCGCCGCUCCCCGACCACCCCCCGCCAGGUGAUGGAGAAGACGACGAUCUCCAGGACGCUCUGGAGUGCGCUGAUGAGAAGCAGUUGACGGACGACGAGGACGAGGACGGGAUGGCUGACGGCAACAGCGCACUGGAUGCCAUCGUCGGCGGCCUCCACGACGAGAUGGAGGAGGACGAGCCGGCUCCCGCCGACCCUUCGGCCGUCAACAUGGAGGUGGCCAGGGGCGGCAACGUCCUGGCCCGCAAGGAAGACGGGAGCCGGGUUCCCACCCCUGGCCACACGCCUGGAAGAUCUGCCCGGCCAGACCGGACCGCCGCCACGCCGGCCGCCAACAGCCAGGGUGCCCCGACGCCGUCGGCCCCCUCGUCUAAACCCAUGUCCUAUUCGUCCGCCCUGCAGAGCGCCCCCCAGGACUGGCACAUUGAGUUCAGCCUGGACGGGAAGGUGGUGCCGAACGAGACGACCAUCUACCGUGCCGUCCACAACUCGGGCGCAACCUCGUCGGAUCAGCCGCGGAGCGUCUGGUCGGCCACGCACCAAGUUACGUUCCGCCGCGUCCCCGGUCCCCGGCCAGCCUCGGCCCAGAACCUGUCCUCAAGCUUCGACACGGACCACGAGGCGAUCAACGGCGUGCCGGCGUCCUUGGCCAAGAACCCCACCACAUCGUCCAUCCUGCAUCUCCUCAACAUGCUGCACGAGCUCAACGCCAACAUCGACGAGGUCCUCAUCAACAAGAGGGAGGCAACCGUCGACAUCCACCGCGAGCCGCUGUCGCAGUUUGUCAACACGAAGCUUACGGCCAAGCUCAACCGCCAGCUGGAGGAGCCGCUGAUUGUGGCGAGCAACUGCCUGCCCGGGUGGUCCGAAGACCUGGGGCGUCUCUACCCAUUCCUGUUCCCCUUUGAGACGAGGCACCUGUUCCUCCAGUCGACGUCGUUCGGCUACGCUCGCUCGAUGGCGAAGUGGCAGAAUACCCAGAACGCCGAGGACAGCCGACGGGACCGGUUCAACGAGCGGCCGUACCUGGGCCGCCUCCAGCGCCAAAAGGUGCGCAUCUCGCGUAGCAAGAUACUCGAGUCGGCCCUCAAGGUCAUGGACCUGUACGGCGCGUCGCAGAGCAUCCUCGAGGUAGAGUACUUUGAGGAGGUCGGGACCGGACUGGGCCCGACGCUCGAGUUCUACUCGACGGUGUCUCGGGAGUUUGCCAAGAAGAAGGUCAGGCUCUGGCGCGACAUGGACUCGUCCAGCACGUCCGAGUACGUAUCGGGCCCCAUGGGGCUGUUCCCGCGCCCGAUGAGCGAGAAGGAGUCGUCGACGCCCAACGGCGAGCGGAUCCUGCACCUGUUCAAGAUGCUGGGCAAGUUUGUGGCGCGGUCCAUGAUCGACUCGCGCAUCAUCGACAUCCACUUCAACCCAAUCUUCUUCCGCCUGGCCGGCGAGGCGGCCACGACGGCGACGGCGACGGCGUCGCCGCCUUCCUCGACGAACCUGAGGCCCUCCCUCGCCUCGGUCAAGAUGGUGGAUCCGGGCCUGGCGUCGUCGCUCAUGACGAUCCAGAAGUUCGUCCUGGCCAAGAAGGAGAUUGCCAACGACGCGAACCGCACGCCCGCCCAGAAGGUCCAGGACAUGGAGAAUAUCACGAUCGAUGGCGGCGUCACCAUCGAUGACCUGUGCCUCGACUUUACGCUCCCCGGAUAUCCCGAGAUCGAGCUCGAGGACGGGGGCUCCCACAAGCGCGUCACGAUUGACAAUGUGGGCUCGUACCUGGACAAGGUAGUGGACGCCACCCUGGGGUCUGGUGUGCGUCGUCAGGUGGACGCCUUCCGGGCGGGAUUCUCCACCGUCUUCCCUUACUCGGCACUCAGCUCGUUUACGCCCGAUGAGCUCGUCAGCCUGUUUGGCAAGGCUGAUGAAGAUUGGUCUCUGGAGACCCUCCUCGACUCCAUCAAGGCAGACCAUGGAUACAACAUGGACAGUAAGACUCCCAGCGAAGAGCCAUACACGUCGGAUGACUACCUUCCCAGCGUCAUGACGUGCGUAAACUACCUCAAACUGCCCAACUAUAGCGACAUGGACUCGAUGACGAAGCAAAUGUCGGUUGCCAUGAAGGAAGGCCAAGGAGCUUUCCACCUAUCUUAG